UUUUAAUAUGAGCUCCGAAAUGGAUUAUGAAUAUAAAUAUAUACCGGUUGCUGAAAGAGUUGAGACUUAUAUUAUACCCGUAAUAUUUUUAUUAAUUUUGAUUGUAGGUGUAAUAGGAAAUGGUAUUUUAAUUCUUAUUUUGCUAUGUCAUACCAGCAUGAGAAAUAUACCAAAUACAUACGUGCUGUCUUUAGCUCUGGGCGAUUUAUUGGUGAUUGUGACUUACAUACCUUUCACAUUAUUUGUUUAUGUACUUGAUUCAUGGCCAUGGGGUUUAACUAUCUGCAAAUUAUCUGAAUACGCUAAGGAUAUUUCGAUUGGUGUGUCGGUAUUUACUUUAGCAGCUUUAUCAGCCGAAAGAUAUUGCGCCAUCGUAAACCCUAUUCGUCGCCACGUGGCGGGUUUAAGCGCAAAACCACUUACUGUUUUAACGGCAUCCCUUAUUUGGGUCUUAGCGAUUGUCAUAGCUAUGCCCGCCGUGCUCUUCUCCGAAGUAACGUCUGUACCUGUAUUAGGAAAUCGCAGCAUUUUAAUCUGCAAUCCUUUUCCUGAAGAAUUUGGACAAAUUUAUCGAAAGAGUAUGGUAAUGUUCAAAUUUUUAGCAUAUUACUUGAUACCAUUGUGCGUGAUAGCUAUUUUCUAUUUGAGCAUGACAUGGCAUCUAACAUUGUCUACUAGAAAUAUGCCAUGCGAACUUCCCGGUUCUGAUCUUCACGAACAGAUAAAGGCGCGCAAAAGGGUGGGCAAAAUGGUAGUGUGUUUUAUAAUCAUUUUUGUGAUUUGUUUUCUACCAUAUCAUAUUUAUGUGCUCUGGUUCCAUUUUAAUCCAACGGCCAUGGACGAUUUUAAUUCUUACUGGAACACCUUUAGAAUAUUUGGUUUCUGCCUCAGUUUCAUCAAUAGCUGUGUUAAUCCCAUUGCUCUCUACUUAAUUAGCCGCACGUUUCGUCAAAAAUUUAAUAAAUAUUUAUGUUACUGUCUACCUGGUGGUUCCACUGUCUGCGGUAGAAAUAGAACGGAAAGCAGUAUUACGCAGGAAAAUAUUUUUUUACAAAAAAGUCGACGCAUUAACGAGACCAGCGCUUCCACCACUCGAAGACGAACACAAGAGUUUAAUUCAACCGGGGUAUUUGAAAUGGGCAGUGUAGAAACUAAGCCUCCCGUGGUGACCGAAAAUCGCUCUCGUAAGUAAUUUGAAGUAUAAGCAGAGUGAAGUAUAAGUAGGUUCAAUGUAAAUUGUAAUGCAGAUCGCGAUACUAUCACUGCUAAUAAUAAUGGAGCAUCAAACAAAUAAUUAAAAUUUCAUCAGGAUGGUCGCUACAGUAAUGUUGCAGGUUUUUCAUUACACAGAUUAAAAGAAAUGCAGUGAGAUUUCACAAUUUUAUUCGAAUAAAUAUUUCCAUAAUCAUUUUAAAGAUUAUGAAUGCCCGUUUGUAAUCGUUUUGUUUAUAAGAAUAUCAAUUUGAGAAUAUAUGUAUGUUUCAUUCUACUGUAUCUUUUCAGAUACGUACUUUUCUUUAAAUAGCAUUUGCAAAUUCAUUGCAAUUUUUUUUACUGAAAAAGCUCUUUCA